UUAUACAUUAUAAUGACAUAUACUGUACCUAUCCUUCUCAUCGUAAUAAACAUUUAGAUCUGUGAUGCAUGAAGAAUAAUAAGAUUUUAGAUGAUAAAAAAUAACAUUUAUCUAGGGACUAAAGAGCUGAUUGAGAAAAAUGGUCAGACUACCAAAGACAACCACAGUUUCACAAUUAACAGAGUCCCUUUUGGGAGAAUUUCUUAACGUUUCAACAACGACAUCUCUAACGGAAUAUUAUUUAGAUGUUUCGACGGCAACACUGGAACAACUAAAUAGAACCAAAGCAUUCAGUUUAAAAACUUAUUUUGAAAGUGGUGCAUACAUUUAUUACGGAUAUGUAGGGCCAAUAAUUACCUUUUUUGUUACUAUAAUGAAUAUUAUGCUCAUUGCAACAAUUAUCAAAGGAAAUUUCAGGACUUCUACGCAUGCCGUUAUGGUUGCUAUAGCAAUUGCUGAUAUUCUUACCGGCAUAAUACCAGUUCCUUUCAACAUUCAAGUUUUUAGUGUCAAACGCAGUAAAGACUACUUAAAAAUAGAAUGGUGCUAUAUAUUUGAAAUUUGUCAAGUUAUUCUUCCAACAGUUUUUCAUCUUAUAUCAUUAAGCCUAACAGUCGGACUAUCAAUAGAAAGAUUUUUUGUAGUUUCGUUUCCAUUGAAAGCAAAACGAUUUUGCACUAUGAGAAAUGGGAUUCUUUUCAGUAUUUGUGUAUUCGUUAUAAGUUUAUGUGCCCAGAUUGAUACAUUUGAAGACAUAACAUAUGAUCCGGUCAAAAUCACAUCUACGAAUGGAAUCAAACUAACAGGAUGCAGACGAUCAGUAAAGGACAGAUCUGAUAGAGAAUACAUAACACGGAUGUUUAUUCUACGUUUUAUUCCAUGUAUGCUUCUUGUAAUUUUCACUAUUCUUUUACUUCGGAAAUCGUCUGACAUCCAGGAAUGGCGGAAAUCAACUACUUCUUCGUCCAGUGCAACAUCGUCGUUAGAGCGAAUGGAUUUUGCUGUAUCUUUGAUAGCAACCAUUGUUUUUUUGACAGAAAUCACUAUGGGCACUUUGCUGCUUAAUGAUCACCUCAAUUCCCGACGAAAAAUAACAUCAAACCACGCCCUGCUUUCUGGUAUUACAUAUGUAGUUUAUAUGGUUACCAGUCCUAUCAACUUUGCAAUUCUUUGCUUUCUUAGUAAAAAGUUUAGACAAACAUUUCUAUGUAUGUUUUGCAGACAUUAAUGACAUGGACUAUUUGAAUGGAAGAUUAUGAAAAAACUUCAGUUGCAAACGUUGCUCAUACGAACCAAUAUAGGAUAAUGUCUCAUUUUGUCCAUCAUCAUGUUUAAGUCAUAUUAGACGAAGUGAAGAAGACUUGGUGACUUAAACAUGAUAAAUAUACUGUACAGUUCUUCAAUUUGUUACAGGACUUAUAAUAUCAAUGUUUCAUCAAAUAUACAUAAAUCGGAUGUUUGAAUCAAUACACUAAUUUCCUUAUUGGCUGAGUUCUCUACUUCUAAACAUUUACAAAUAAUCGUAUUAUUCUUAAAACUCUCUUUCCACAGAAGAGUUAUAAACCUCAGAAAACAUAUUUAUUAACCUGGAACUACGUUCUCCUUAAAUAUGAAGAAUUAUGUUUGAUUUCAGUCAAAUUUGCUGAUAAUUUAGAUAACUCUCCAUGAUCAUCAAGUUAGAGUUCGAGUAAAAAUUUGAGUUUUUGUUCGAGUUAGAUUUUAAGUUUGAGUUGAAAUGUAAGUUAAUUGCCAAAUACAUAUACGAGUUUGGUUAAAAAAAAUAUUCAGGUCAGAGUUCGAGCUAAAACUCCGAAUUUGCUUUUUUUUGAGAUGGCAUUUCCUUAAUCUAUGUUUUAAGAGAUCUAGAGGAACUAUUAUGUGACUCUUUUCAUGAAUUUCCAAAUAUCAUUAUCAUACAUAUUAUUUGUCCUAAGUUGUUGAUUUUAACAACGUGUUCCCGAGUAAAAGACGUGUUAGAUAAAUGAUUACUUUUGACAAACUACAAACGAGAGUCGAGAGACGAUAAACACUUCAAAGGGAUCGUCUCAAAAGACGUAUCAAUUUUUUCUAUCGUUACCAUAAUGCAUUAUGUAAAGUCAUAUGAAACAUGAUAAAGUUAGGAUUUUA